UGCCGUGUUAGGAAGAUGAGUAACACGCCACCCGUAGCCUCAGGGAGUUCCCUUUUUGGUAGGGGGAGACUGACUCACAAGCAGGCAGUAAGGAAACGUUCAGGUUAUGAGAAGACCGAUGAUGUUUCAGAGAAGACUUCCCUGGCAGACCAGGAAGAAAUACGCACUAUAUUCAUCAACCAGCCCCAGCUGACCAAGUUCUGCAACAACCACGUCAGCACUGCGAAAUACAACAUCAUCACAUUCCUUCCACGAUUUCUCUACUCUCAGUUCAGAAGAGCCGCCAAUUCAUUCUUUCUCUUUAUUGCACUGCUUCAGCAAAUACCUGAUGUAUCACCAACAGGCCGCUAUACAACACUGGUUCCUCUCUUAUUUAUUUUAGCUGUGGCAGCUGUCAAAGAAAUAAUAGAAGAUAUUAAACGACAUAAAGCUGAUAAUGCUGUGAACAAGAAACAGACACAAGUGUUGAGAAAUGGUGCCUGGGAAAUUGUACACUGGGAAAAGGUGGCAGUAGGGGAAAUAGUGAAAGUGACCAAUGGGGAACAUCUCCCAGCAGAUCUCAUCAGCCUGUCCUCAAGUGAGCCCCAGGCCAUGUGCUACAUUGAAACAUCCAACUUAGAUGGGGAAACAAACCUGAAAAUUAGACAGGGCUUACCAGUAACAGCAGAUAUAAGAGACAUUGACAGUUUGAUGAGAAUUUCUGGCAGAGUUGAGUGUGAAAGUCCAAACAGACAUCUCUACGAUUUUGUUGGAAACAUAAGGCUUGAUGGACAUGGCACUGUGCCCCUGGGAGCAGAUCAGAUUCUUCUUCGAGGCGCCCAGUUAAGAAAUACGCAGUGGGUUCACGGCAUAGUCGUCUACACUGGACAUGACACCAAGCUGAUGCAGAAUUCAACAAGUCCACCACUUAAACUCUCAAAUGUGGAACGAAUUACAAAUGUGCAAAUUUUGAUUUUGUUUUGUAUCUUAAUUGCCAUGUCCCUUAUCUGUUCUGUGGGCUCCGCCAUUUGGAAUCGACGGCAUUCUGGAAAGGACUGGUAUCUCAACCUCAACUAUGGUGGCGCUAAUAAUUUUGGGCUGAAUUUCCUGACCUUCAUCAUCCUUUUCAACAAUCUCAUUCCCAUCAGCUUAUUGGUUACAUUAGAAGUGGUGAAAUUUACCCAGGCAUACUUCAUCAAUUGGGAUCUCGACAUGCACUAUGAGCCCACAGACACUGCUGCUAUGGCUCGGACAUCUAACCUGAAUGAGGAACUCGGCCAGGUAAAAUACAUCUUUUCUGACAAAACUGGAACUCUGACGUGCAAUGUAAUGCAGUUUAAGAAGUGCACCAUAGCUGGAGUUGCUUAUGGCCAUGUCCCUGAGCCUGAGGAUUAUGGCUGCUCUCCUGAUGAAUGGCAGAGCUCACAGUUAGGAGACGAAAAAACAUUUAAUGAUUCAUCAUUGCUGGAAAAUCUCCAAAAUAAUCAUCCAACUGCACCUGUAAUCUGUGAAUUUCUCACCAUGAUGGCAGUCUGUCACACAGCAGUACCAGAGAGAGAAGGUGACAAGCUUAUUUAUCAAGCAGCAUCUCCAGAUGAGGGAGCCUUGGUCAGAGCAGCCAAGCAAUUGAAUUUUGUUUUCACUGGAAGAACACCUGACUCAGUGAUUAUAGAUUCACUGGGGCAAGAAGAAAGAUAUGAAUUGCUCAAUGUCCUGGAGUUCACCAGCACCAGGAAAAGAAUGUCGGUGAUCGUUCGCACUCCAUCCGGGAAGUUACGACUCUACUGCAAAGGAGCUGACACCGUCAUUUAUGACCGACUGGCAGAGACUUCAAAAUACAAAGAAAUUACCCUAAAACAUUUAGAGCAGUUUGCUACAGAAGGGUUAAGAACUUUAUGCUUCGCUGUGGCUGAGAUUUCAGAGAGUGACUUUCAGGAGUGGCGAGCAGUCUACGAGCGCGCGUCCACCGCUGUGCAGAACCGGCCACUCAAGCUCGAGGAGAGCUAUGAGUUAAUCGAAAAGAAUCUUCAGCUACUUGGAGCUACAGCCAUUGAGGAUAAAUUACAAGAUCAAGUGCCUGAAACCAUAGAAAUGCUCAUGAAAGCAGACAUCAAAAUCUGGAUCCUCACCGGGGACAAGCAAGAAACUGCCAUUAACAUUGGACACUCCUGCAAACUUCUGAGGAAGAACAUGGGAAUGAUUGUGAUAAAUGAAGGCUCUCUUGAUGGGACGAGGGAAACCCUCAGCCGUCACUGCACCACGCUUGGCGAUGCUCUUCGGAAGGAGAAUGAUUUUGCACUUAUAAUUGACGGGAAGACCCUCAAGUACGCCUUAACUUUCGGAGUGCGCCACUACUUCCUGGACCUAGCUUUGUCGUGCAAAGCUGUUAUUUGCUGCAGGGUUUCUCCCCUUCAAAAAUCUGAAGUCGUUGAGAUGGUUAAGAAGCAAGUCAAAGUCAUAACACUUGCAAUUGGUGACGGAGCCAAUGAUGUCAGCAUGAUCCAGACGGCACAUGUUGGCGUGGGUAUAAGCGGGAAUGAAGGCCUUCAGGCAGCUAAUUCUUCUGAUUACUCCAUCGCGCAGUUCAAGUAUUUGAAGAAUUUAUUGAUGGUUCACGGUGCCUGGAACUAUAACAGAGUCUCCAAGUGCAUUUUGUACUGCUUCUACAAGAAUAUAGUCCUCUAUAUUAUCGAGAUCUGGUUUGCCUUUGUUAAUGGCUUUUCUGGACAGAUCCUCUUUGAGAGAUGGUGUAUAGGUCUUUAUAAUGUGAUGUUUACAGCAAUGCCUCCCUUAACGCUGGGCAUAUUUGAGAGAUCAUGCAGGAAAGAGAAUAUGUUGAAGUAUCCUGAAUUAUACAAAACGUCUCAGAACGCCCUGGACUUCAACACCAAGGUUUUCUGGGUUCAUUGUUUAAAUGGCCUCUUCCACUCCGUUAUUCUGUUUUGGUUUCCACUAAAAGCCCUUCAGUAUGGUACUGUGUUUGGAAAUGGGAAAACCUCCGACUAUCUGCUGUUGGGCAACUUUGUUUACACGUUUGUGGUGAUAACUGUGUGUUUGAAAGCUGGAUUGGAGACAUCAUAUUGGACAUGGUUCAGCCACGUAGCGAUCUGGGGCAGCAUCGCGCUCUGGGUGGUGUUCUUCGGAAUCUACUCAUCUCUGUGGCCCGCUGUCCCGAUGGCCCCUGACAUGUCAGGAGAGGCAGCCAUGCUGUUCAGUUCCGGCGUCUUUUGGACGGGCCUGUUAUUCAUCCCCGUGGCCUCUUUACUUCUUGAUGUGGUGUACAAGGUUAUCAAGAGGACUGCUUUUAAAACAUUAGUAGAUGAAGUGCAGGAGCUGGAGGCAAAAUCUCAAGACCCAGGAGCAGUCGUGCUUGGGAAAAGCCUCACAGAGAGGGCACAACUGCUCAAGAACGUCUUUAAGAAGAACCACGUAAACUUGUACCGGUCCGAGUCGCUGCAACAAAACCUGCUCCACGGGUAUGCUUUCUCUCAAGAUGAAAAUGGAAUCGUCUCACAGUCAGAAGUGAUUAGGGCCUAUGAUACCACAAAGCAGAGGCCUGAUGAAUGGUGAUGGGGAGGGGCGCCCGGCAGGCUCGCUGUGUCACUGAGGAGCGCUCCCAGGUCUUCACCGGAAUCUGCUGACCAAUUGCAGCCUGGUCCAGGGAGGUGAAAGGUGGAUCUGAGCUCAUGUCGUUGAUUGACAUUCAGAUUCAUGUACAUUAUAGACAUAAGCACUGUGCGAUCUACUGUAACACCAUCUCUUUCAGAUUUUUUAAAGUCUUUGCUAAGUCUUUGUAAAGAGAAAUUGAAAACGACCUUGUAUUUUGCCAGGAGUGCUUUCUUACACUGAGAAUAGGUCAGUAUUCUUAAGCCGUUCUUGUAGGGCUGUAACUGACAAUUUAUUGGUUAUACCACAAAGCGACCAACCAUUAAAAAAAAACUCUAAAAUGGUAAUAAAUGAGAGAGGCUUUUGAUAUUCAGACUUAGAUUUCAGAAUAUGUUGGGGGGGGGAAGCCAGCAUUCUUAAGGAACUGACUCACCUUACUGAACAAAAUUUCUAAACAAGACAUUAAUAAGUGUUUGUGUCAAAAAUUGUCUCGAUAUGUGUUUGCCAAAGAAGUUCAAUAAAUGUAUUUCUCACUCAGUAGUCAUUUGCCCAGAAAUUUGAGAGUUUACCUCCAGUCCUGCUAUAAGAUCUGCAUGCUCGACUUUUCAAAUCUAAGAGUGAUUUGCAAAAAUGAGUAUUUCAAGGCAUUUGCUACUAAAAUCUGUGAUGUUGCACCUUUGGCCUUACAAAUGCUUUUUUCUCGUCUGUCUUGUGUAUUUGUUCAAGUUAGAGUAACGCGUGGUAAUGUGACUCUUGUCGUUACAAUACUGAUUUCUACAACUGUGUUUAUGUCUCAGUCCUUUCUAAUGAGGUUUCAUCAUCAUUUAGACUUUUCUAAAAAUCUGGCUUCUGCUAUAGAUGGAGUGAUUAUCAUUUUGUCUUAAAGUUUUCUCUCUUAAGAAAAAUAUGCUUAUGUAUUCACAUGGGAUUUCUCAUGCUUCUGUCGGGAUGUUUGAAAUACCAUGUCGGACAAACGCAUGGGCUUUUGUCCUGUGAUUUGGUUCUCCCUGUGCGUUCCCACUAGAGACGCCUGCUGUCUUAUGUAGCACACGCUGUGUUAUGCUGACUCCCUGAAACUUAAGGCUGAGAAUUACUUCACAGUUCACUUGUCAAGCAGCUCCCAAAAUUGGUCACAUGCUGCUAAUUGGCACAAAUAAAUAGUACAUUUUCCCCAUUAAAAGAAAAAAAAAUACCUAUGUUACUCAAGCCUUAUAACUUUACCAUCAAAGAACACUUUUCAUCAUGAGCUGGUUUUGUUCAUAUGUUCCAAACUGUAUGUUCAGUUUCAUUAUUUAGAGCAUUUUCAAGGCAUCUGAAAUGCCUGUUUUGCUACCAACAAUAAAUGGUGAAGGGGCUGUUUUAAAACCACAACCAGUUUUCUACACUAUUUUUAAAAUAAUUCUUUCAUUCAGGAAGAACUUAAAAAGGAAUUCUAGUUUUCAGAUACACUUCAGAGAUUGAUGCAAACUUUUUGCCUUUUAUUCCCAAAAAGCCUGUUUGCCUUUAAGUGGACUUACCAGCAAAAUAGGUAGAAAUUCCUCUUAAAAAAGAAAAACAGUAAAUUAGAAUUGAGAAGAGAGGUGAUUUUCCAAAUCACUCCUUGAAUUGAAUAAUUUCACAUUCUCUUCACCCUUUUUCUCAAUCUAGAUUUAAAAUUAGGCAGCACACCUUUCCUUUCCCUGUAUUUUUAGCUAUUUGGUUACAAGCAUGCCUCCCACAUUUUCUACAAAUAAGAGAGGCUGUCACACAUACAUAAUUCUAACCUAAAAGGGGCCAGGAGCUGACAUACUUCACCUCCAAGUCCCUUCCCACUUGGGGUUUAGGUGAAGAGAAUCGUGAAUCAAAACAUCCAGCAAAGCCAUAGGUGUAAGGUCAUCCUCAAAAUUCUGAAGUCACAGGCCUUGACUGUCUACUGAGUGGAUCUAUGAAAGUGGCUUUUCUGGGUCUCCUGACAGUUGAAGUCCAACCACAAAAAUUAAACAAGAAUGACGGACAUCCCUCCAGAGAACACCUCAUAGCAGUUAACAGACACCAGUGGCUUCCACUUGCCCUCACCUCACUGGUGGCAUUCUUCUCCAAAGCUUUAAUAGGAAAACAUGAUGAAUAUAAUAAAACUUAAUGUUAUGCCUUCAGAAAACGAAAAGUUCUAUUUUACCUCGAAACAUGGAUUGUUUCUGUGGAGCUCUUCAAUAUGAGUAGAAUACUCAUGGUUAAUAAUGUAUAGGAUCAUGAUCAGAAAUAGGACUAAUUUAUGCUUCUUUUGUCCCCUGGCCCUGUAUUUGAAUUAUCAAUAUUAAGUCCAUUUUUUUGCUUCUUGGGUGGGAGUGGGGCAGGUUGGGGGGCCGGGGGCAGCAGGGAGUGAUCUCCUUGGUGAAACUUAAAAUAUAACAUUGUGGUGGCAGUGACUUCCUAGUGCUGGAUUAGAGAAAACCCUCUGGUUUUUCCACCUGCAAAGGAGAAAAACCGUCACACGGUUUACCAGGACUACAAUAAACAGUUGAAGUGGCUUUUCACGUGUAUUUUCUGAAAAUAAAGGACACGUACUCUGCCAUGAAAGAGCCCCUUGUAGGGACUCUGGCGAAUGCUAGCACCGUUGCUUUCAAUAUUUACAAUUCAGAAAAUACUACUUACAGCAGAAAAUCCUCAUUCGUUUCGGAUUGAAAAGUUGAAUAGUACACAGUGACCCUGUGCAUGAACUUUCUAAAUGUUUUAUAUAACAUAUAAAAACAUAUUGGUGUCUCACACCCAGAAAGAUGCUAUAUGGUAGAAAUUGCUAGCAGGGAAAUGGUGUUUCUCAGGAAUGUAGUAAGUUUAAAAUGAGAUCUGUGUGCCCACCCUCCCACUCCCCACUCUGUCUGAUGCAAGCCUGCUUCAGCAGGGGCGUGAAGUUAAUGGAAAGCUUCUUCUGAUCAAGUCAGGUGAACUGUAUUCAGCUCAGUAAUAUUAGCCAUUUACAUAAAUUGUGUGGUCAUUCACUAGAAUCAGUGAUUCCUCUUCAUUUCCAGGGAGGAGGGGGUUAAGCAUCUAUUCUGACCCUUACAUUUAUAUUUUAAUUUUGCAAUUCUGCAUCCUGAACAUCCAAUAGGAAAGUCACGGGGUAACUUGUUGGGCAUUGAGUGCACUGUACAUCACUUAUAAUCUGCCAUUUAAAAUGUUCUUUCAGAAAACGAAUGCUAGUCUGAAAGUAAUAGAUUGUAUAUUCGUAGUUUUAAGUUAUUUAUAACAAGGUCAUCAUUAUUACAAAGCAAAAUAAUCGUCAGUGUUUAUUUCUGUGUAGUUGCUCUUGGACGGUUCCUGAUUUUAAAACUUGUAUCAUCCAGUAAGUCUAUAAUCUCAUAGUCAUCUACAAAAUUUAUCAAGAAAAUGCCCACCCCAUUUAAUCAUAUGGGCCAGUCCUAUGAAUUCUUUUUGUCAGUUACUUAAUGUAACAUAACACCAUACAGUUUGUUACCUAAGUAAUGCUUUUUAAUGAUGAAUAUUUCUAUAAUGCCUCUUAAAGAGACCAUAGUCUGAUUUUUCUCGCAUUAAAAUAACUGAAGUCACUUGUGAAACUUAGUUCUACUUUGCUGCAUUUUAAUUAACCUUCAACAGCUAUUAAAAUGGAAUGUAAGUUAAAUUUUAAAGGAAAGGAAAUAAAUGUUUUUCAUUUUCCAUCUUGAUUUAUUUUCUGUAUGAGAGCAGCUGUGUUUUUGAUAGGUUUAUGGUUUGCAUGAAUUAAUAUUUAAAGUGGUUCAGGCCAAUGCAUGGCUAUUGCUGUAAAUCUUGAUGUUUAUUUUUCCUUUUAAAAUUCUAUCAUGGCUUACCUGGAAUUUAAUAUUCAGUGGACAAAUUAAUUGGUCUGCUGCACAACUUUUUUUAAUAAGUAAAUUAUUUUAUAAACAAAUUUGAACAAAUUUAAUUGAAACUUUUGUUUAGCUGGCCUCGGAGAAUCUCUUAAUAAAGCUCACAAAACUCAGCAAAUAAAUCUCCCUUAAGUAGGAAAAAAGCUAAAUUUCAUACUUGCUUACUCUGAAUUAACAGCAACUUUCCAUAGGUAAAUCUGCUCUUGCAAAGAUGUGAGCAGAAUAUUAAAAAUAAUAAUAAAUAUUUUUAUGUUUCUUGGUUCUAGAAUAGAAGCCAUAACUGCCGUAAAUACUAUUUCUUCUUGUUUUACUACUUGAAACUUCAUUUUUCACAUUUUCAAGUUUAUUAGGUUAAAAAAAAAAACAGGCAGCCUUGCAAGGCAGCUACUAUGGAAAAUUGCAGUUUGCAUUAGUGAUAAAAUUGCAUUUUCAGCCCCAUGAAAAGCCAUUCCUGCCGAAACUGCUGUAGAAAUUGUGAAGCUGCAUGAGUGGAGAGUGUUGAAUCUGUGGUCAUAGUAGUUUUCUCAGGUUUGUUUAUGUCGAUGUUCAAUGCACUGUGUUUUAUAAAUAGUUACUAAGUUGAGUAAUAACCCGUUCUAUGCAGUGUUACGUGUCAUUGGCCUUUUGUGAAUGUGCAUGUUUUAAACUGCAAAUUUUAAACAUUUUGUCCUCUAAUUGUUAUUAAAAAUGAAAUAAACUUUACCAUUACA